AUGGAUUGUGAGAGUAAAAUUGAGUUGUCUCUCUUAACAGAGGAAGAGGCAUGGGCUUUGUUCAAGAUGCAUGCUAACACAACCAGUGUGUCAACGAAUGAGUUCGAUAGCAUCGGAAGGAAGAUUGUUGAUGAGUGUAAGGGUUUGCCUAUAGCAAUUGUAACAGUUGGAAGCACAUUGAAAGAAAAGAGUAUUCAUACGUGGAGAUCAACAGUAGAAAGGCUACGACAUCCCCCACCACUGGAUAUUGAAGAUGAUUUGAAGACCCCUUAUGUAACUCUCAAAGUAAGUUAUGAUAAUUUGUCGAGUCCGCUAGCUAAGUCGCUCUUCAUAUUGUGCUCUAUGUUUCCUGAGGAUCAUGAAAUCCAUAUAGAGGAUUUAAUUCGUUUUGGCAAAGGGACUCUUAAUCUUGGUGAAAGAAUUUACACAAUGGAGAAAACAAGGAAUAGGGUUUUAGCUAACAUUGAGAAAUUGUUAGAUUCUUCUUUGUUAAUGCAUACCAGUAAGCAGGCACAUGUAAAAUUGCAUGAUGUGGUUCGAGAUGUAGCCUUGUGGAUUGCAAAGGAGCAAUGUCAAGAAGUUCUGGUGGACAACCAAGAAAUUUCAGAGAUGUUAAUUGGUAACCACCAAAGUUUGGAAGAUACAAAGGCAGUGUCAUUGUGGAAUUUGGAUGAGGAUUUCGAGCUCUCUAAACAAUUGCAUUUUCCACAGCUCGAGAUUCUGCUACUUCAACCUUAUGGGUUCAUUCGAGAUAUUGGAGCAAUGGAGUCACUCAAAGUCUUGGCACUCAUAAGACAUGGAUUUAAGUGGGAAUUGCGGAGGCGGUAUCCAACUUCGGUUUCAAUUCCACAAUCAAUUGUAUCACUAACUAAUCUUCACACCUUAUGUAUUAGAGGGAAAAAGUUGGGUGAUAUCUCUCUAUUGGGUGAACUCAAAACACUGGAGAUUCUUGACUUACGUGGUUCUCUGUUUGAUGAAUUACCUGUUGGAAUUGUAGAUAUGAAAAUGUUGAAACUUUUGGACAUAUAUGAUUGUCGAAUUGAGAAAAGUCCUAUAGAAGUAAUUGGUAGAUGUGAGCAACUUGAAGAAUUAUAUUUUUCGGAACACAAAUCUGUCAUCCCACAUAAUUUCUCUCUUUCAAGAUUGAAGAGGUAUGUUCUCUAUGACUCCACAUGUAGUAUAAUUCGUAUACAUGAAUUUGACCCUGUUCUAGAACAUCUGCAUUGUCGUGGUGAAGACCCUUUUCAAGAAUAUCUGGAUAGUUGUGGUGAAGCAUUAAGAGCCUUAUGCAUACAAGACUUUAGAGUCUCUGCUUUGAAUUCAUCAAUGAAAAAUCUCAUUCUUAGAGCAAAUCACCUUUGGCUGGAAAAUUGUGAAUGGGAUUAUAAAGAUAUAAAUCUUCAAAUAAACCACUUAGGGGUAUCAUGUUGUCAAGAGAAAAAAUUCAUCAUUGAGAAGCGUGAUGUGAACAUUCUUCAAACACAAGUAUUCUCACGCUUGAGCACUUUAAGACUGUUUGAAAUGAAUAGUCUUGAACAAGUGUUUCAAGAUUCAUCUAUUGGCUGCUCACUCCCAAUGUUACAAGAGCUAUGGAUAUGGAGUUGUCCUGAAUUGAGAAUUUGUAUCUUCUCGCAUGCCACCAUUACGAGCCUGCCAAAGCUGAAAAAACUUCAUAUUGAUAGCUGUGACAAAGUGAAAUGGCUAUUGUCUUAUUCCCUGGCUUCUUAUUGUCCUUUACUGAAGGAAAUAAUUAUAAGCAAUUGCUCUCAAUUUGAGAAGCUCAUUGAUGAAGAAGCUGCACAUGGGGAUCCACUACUUCAUGAUAAGCAAUAUUAUCCAUAUGGAAAGGAAACUGACAGUGCCUAUGUGGGGGUUAUAGCGAAAAGAUGCAAUCAGUUGCAAAAUGAGCAAUCCUUGAUCUUUUUUCUAAGGUUGGAAAGUCUACAAAUUAAAAGCAGUGGAAAAAAGAAAGAGAUUAUAUCCAUAGACCAUUGCUCUGAAUUUGAGGGGCUCAUUGGUGAAGAAGCUGCACAUGGGGAUCCACUACUUCAUGAUAUGCAAGAUCAUCCACAGAAACAUGACAAUGACACAGUGAGGGUGGUAAAGUCAGAAUUGCGUGUUAUAUGGUUAGAAGAUCUACCAAAAUUAGAAUAUAUUUGGAAAGAUCCCAUACAAAUUUUGAGCUUCCAUAGACUUGAAAGCAUUAAACUGUUGGAAUGCCCGAGAUUAAGAAAUAUAUUCACUGUUGCUAUUGUCACAAGCCUUCCAGAGUUGAGGCAACUUGAUGUAAGAGGAUGCAAUGAAUGGGAGGGAAUAUUUUGUGAAGAGUCACUUAAGAAUCUGUCUACUUAUUCCACUGUUUGCUUCCCCAAACUUGAGAGCAUUCUUACAAGGAAUUGCCACAAAGUGAGAAGGGUGUUCUCAUAUUCUCUGGCAUCUCAUUGUCCUUCAUUGAAGAGAAUAACUGUAGAGAAUUGUUAUGAACUGGAGGGGGUUGUUGUUGAAGCUUAUGAAGGUGAAGUAGCUGCUCAUCAUCAUCAAAGGCUGUUUCCUAAACUGAGUGAUUUGGAACUCAUGAAGUUGCCAAAGUUGAGAGAGAUUUAUGAAGGUUAUGAAUUCAACCUCCUUUCUGGUACUAUAACAAUAGAAGAUUGUCCAAACAUAUCAAAAAUCUCAAAAGUCCCAUUAGACAAGCCCUCGUCAUCAGGUUCGUAG